CGGGAGCGCGCCCGGCCCGCAUUCCCCAGGGCCCUCCGGAAAGGGUCCAGGGCUCCAGUGCCUCACGGUGACUCUCCGCCGGUGCCCCUGACAAGCGGGGAGAUGCGCGGCGGUGGUUUCUGCGUCCUUUGCUUGGAGCGCGCGGGCUCGGAUGCCCCGUGCUGGUGUCGGCAUCCCUGAUCCCGCUGCCUUGUUCCUGGCGUGUGUGUAAUUGGGCAUCUUUGUUGGGAAGCAGAUGGAUCCGCUGCCGAAUCCGUCCCCCCUGGCCACGAGGCUGCGGAACACGCUUGUGCGCUACCACGGCAUUGCGGACGGAGAGUGGAGGGUGGCCAAGAAAACCAAAGAUGCAACUGUGUGGCGUAAACCAUCAGAAGAAUUCAGUGGAUACCUCUACAAAGCUCAAGGAGUGGUGGAAGAUGUUGCUAACAGAAUAGUGGAUCAUAUUCGCCCUGGACCUUACAGGCUAGACUGGGACAGCUUAAUGACUUCAAUGGACAUCUUGGAAACAUUUGAAGAGAACUGCUGUGUGAUGCGCUAUACAACUGCUGGUCAGCUCUGGAACAUCAUAGCACCAAGGGAGUUUGUUGAUUUCUCUUACACCACAAGCUAUGGAGAUGGGCUUCUAACAUGUGGUAUAAGCCUCGACUACAAGGAGGUGAGGCCUAACUUUGUGCGUGGAUUCAAUCACCCUUGCGGCUGGUUCUGCGUCCCCCUCAAGGAUUGUCCCAGCCACAGCCUUUUGACAGGCUACAUUCAGACUGAACUGCGGGGGAUGCUGCCACAAUCUGCAGUAGACACUGCCAUGUCCAGUACCUUGGCCAAUUUCUACUCUGACCUCAAAAAGGCACUCAGAUCGUAGACAAACAGUGACUUAAAAGCCUGUGCAUUCCUUGCAAUCAGUUUAUUAUUAUUUAGUUUUUGAGGUGAUCCUUAGCAUACAUUUCCAAUGCAAGAUUCUUUCUGCUGCUCAGCACUCUGCAGCUGUGUGAGAAAUAUCCUGAAUCCAUAAACCCCCGGCUUCCUCAGUAGAAAACACAAGAUGCGUGUGUGCUCUUGAAAAGUGCAGCAUGAACUCAGCUCUAUCCAACAGUAUAGGUGACCAAGUGCUCAGGAUUUUGCUGGUGCAGGUUGCUGUAUCAGCAGCAUCUUAUUGAAGAUGUAAUUUUGUUAUAUAUAUAGAUAGAUAUAGAUAUUAACAUUUUCAGUUUGUUUAGUUUGUACAGCUGCAUCUGUAUUUUUUUAAUUUUAUUUGAUUUGUUGUAAGAAUAUUAUAUAGCUAAGUUGUUAAAUGAUACUAUUCAUAAGAAAGCUCUUUGCACUUGUUAGCAAAAAUAAGUGUUCAUUGUUGGCAUUGAUGUUGUAACUGUAACUUACUGUUGUGUAUAAUAGUCUGAGUGCGUAGAUAAAGAAAUGCCCUUACAGCUGAUCCAAAGCUCAUUUAAGUCA